GUGAAGUUGUGAGACCAGAAACACGAUUUCGUACCAAGUACGUGUGCCAAUUUGAUUAUUUGGCUUUGUCCAAACGAGGUACUUGGGUAGUUGACAUUUAGCACAAAACGGAAAAGAAAAAGAAUAAAUAAAAAGGCAAAAAACAAAAAAGGCAGUGAAAAAAAAAGGUAAAAAUAGAAGAAGAAAAUAUCAGGAAUAGCAGUGAAUCGAGAGAGAGCGGAGAAUGUCGUCGGAACCACCGCCAUUCCAAGAAGCUUCGCGUUGUGAUGUCUGCAGUUGCAGCUUCAACACUUUCCGUCGACGGCACCAUUGCAGAUGUUGCGGCCGAACAUUUUGUGCUGAACAUUCAGCAAAUCAGAUGGCCUUACCACAAUUUGGUCUUCACUCAAGUGUUAGAGUUUGUGCAGAUUGUUUUAAUAACUCCUCGCGUAGACCCAUUGGAGAUGGCAUGGUAGCUGCUUCAGAUGAAGUCAGUGCCCUGAAAGAUUCAUUUUCAGCUUUAGAUGUUGGUGCCGUUGCAGAUAUCAAAACUAAAGAUACUGACAAGCAAACUCCUGCAGUAGACAUCGCAGAAUGCAAAUGUGGGAUGCCUUUGUGUAUAUGUCAAGUGACAGCUACACCAACAACAUCCGUCACUCCACAGAGUAAAACUAUGCCAAAUCCAACAGUAAACACAAAUCCAAAGCCAAAGAAGGAAAAUAGAAUUCCAACAAGUAGAGGUUCAACAUCAAACAACAAGCAAGGGUAUGUAUAUGAUGUAUCUAGUUGUCCUUUUGGAAAAAUAUGUCCAAUCUUUUUUCUUCAAAAACAGAUUUGCUUUUCUUUAUAGCCGUUGUAACUGUGUCAGAUUGAGCCAAGUUAUGUUAUUCGUUCUAGAAGGAUUGCCAUUAAA